AUGGCGAAGCCCCCGGCGGCGGCGGCGGCGGCGUCGGAGGAGUUGAGCCAGGUGCCGGACGAGGAGCUGCUGCGCUGGAGCAAGGAGGAGCUGGCGCGGCGGCUGCGGCGCGCCGAGGGCGAGAAGGUGGGCCUCAUGCUGGAGCACGGCGGCCUCAUGCGCGACGUGAACCGGCGGCUGCAGCAGCACCUGCUGGAGAUCCGCGGCCUCAAGGACGUGAACCGGCGGCUGCAGGACGACAACCAGGAGCUGCGCGAGCUCUGCUGCUUCCUCGACGACGACCGGCAGAAGGGGCGCAAGCUGGCGCGCGAGUGGCAGCGCUUCGGGCGCCACGCGGCCGGCGCCGUGUGGCACGAGGUGGCCCGCUCGCAGCAGAAGCUACGCGAGCUCGAGGCGCGCCAGGAGGCCUUGCUGCGUGAGAACCUGGAGCUUAAGGAGUUGGUGCUGCUGCUGGACGAGGAGCGCGCGGCGCUGGCGGCCGCGGGCGGCAGCGGCAGCGGCAGCGGCAGCGGCGGCGCGGGCUCCCGCAGCUCCAUCGACAGCCAGGCCAGCCUGAGCGGGCCGCUCGCGGGCGGCACGGCGACCGCGGGGGCCCGCGACGUGGGCGACGGCAGCAGCACGUCCAGCGCGGGCAGCGGCGGCAGCCCGGACCACCACCAUCACCACCACCACGUCCCGCCCGCGCUACUGCCCCCCGGGCCACACAAGGCCCCCGACGGCAAGGCCGGAGUCACGCGUCGCUCCCUGGACGACCUGUCGGCGCCGCCGCACCACCGCAGCAUCCCCAAUGGCUUGCACGAUCCAUCGUCCACCUACAUCCGGCAGCUGGAGUCCAAGGUGAAGUUGCUGGAGGGUGACAAGCUCCUGACACAGCAGGCCGGCCCCGGAGAGUUCCGGACGCUGCGAAAAGGCUUCUCUCCCUACCACUCGGAAUCCCAGCUCGCCGCCCUGCCACCACCCUACCAGGACGCCCUGCCCAAUGGCCCAGCCUGCCCCGUGCCUGAGCUGCCCUCGCCCGCCUCUGCAGGCUACAGCUCCGCAGCCCAGAAGCCCGAGGCUGUCGUGCACGCCAUGAAGGUCCUGGAGGUGCACGAGAACCUGGACCGGCAGCUCCAGGACAGCUGCGAGGAGGACCUGAGCGAGAAGGAGAAGGCCAUCGUCCGUGAGAUGUGCAACGUGGUCUGGAGGAAACUGGGUGACGCCGCCAGCUCCAAGCCCUCUAUCCGGCAGCACCUGUCUGGCAACCAGUUCAAGGGACCCUUGUAGGGCCGCCCUUCCACAGCUGCGGACUGGCACACCCGGGGCCCAGCACUGUCUUCCUUCUUGGGGGCGGAUUGUACAUAGGACAUGGCGUGCUCUGGCCUGGUGGCUGUGGGUGACUGACCAGGCCUGCACCUCCCACCUCACUCACCAGCAAACCACCGGACAAGAAGCCGCCCACCUGUCCCCAGCGGGGCCCCAGGCCCUGGCAGCGAGAGGCCGGAGGCUGCUGGGACCCAAGGCUGAGGGAUGGGCCUAGACUCCUGUGUCUUACCGCACCUGCACCCUGCUGGCUGUGGGGCACCUGGGUCCUGGGCCCCUGGCCCUCGUCCUGGCUCAGUGAGCUGCAUGGCUGUCUGCAGGCUGCUCUGGGAUCCCAAGUCUUUUUUCUGACCCCCGCCGUGCCCGACUGCCAGCUGCUGCUCACCCUCUGCCCUCCCAUCCACCCUGUGCCUGUGGCUCGUCCCUCGCUGUAGUUUACAUGACGGGUCAGGAGCACAGCGGGAGGUCUCGUGCAGCCUGAGCCAGCCAUGUGGAGCUCCUCUCUGGACAGCAGCACUGGGCCACAGCCGAGUCCUCUAGGUAGCUGUGG